CCCGGAGCAGCGCAGCAGCAGCGGCGCGUCGGUCGCAGCUUCCCCCGCGUCACCACCUCAGCCCCGCUGAAGAUCUCCUCGAUGCGUCUCCAUCCCUGGAUCUACCGCGUCCUCAGGUCCCACGUGCGUUAGUGGUGCUUAUCUAUUUAUUGGUCAGUUUAAGGAGAGCAUGUGCGUAAUUGCGCGCGGGUCGCCGUGGUGCCACCGGGAGUGACUUGGGCAAUAUGCGCCGCUGGGAUAUGAUUUUCACCCGAGAGGCUUAUGGAAUAUAGGCCGGUGUGUCUCAGCCUGAAUGCCCUGUGCUCCAGCCCCGUGAAGAAGAAACUAGUCCUGCUCAGCAUCAUGUUUUUCAUCUGGGUGUACAUGCUGUACUCCUGCGUGGGCUACUGCUCCACGAUGCCAACUUUGGCGGUGGACGGUUACCGGGGCAGGGAGGCUGGCCCCGCGGUGGGCAGGAGGACAGAGAGCGGCGGCACGGACCUGGUGUCCCGGCUGCUCGCCAAGCCGCAGCCGUGGGAGGAUGUGGAGAGCGACUACGAGGAGCCGUCCGUCCGCACCGGCUCGUCCCGGGACCUGCUCAACGAGGAGCCGGACGCGUACCGGGCCGAGGAGUGGGACGAGACGCGCGGCGAGCAGCAGAGAGCCCCGGAGCCCAGCGCCAUGUCCAGCUUCUCCAACGGCUCCGGGAGCAAGAAGCUGCCGCAGGCGAUCAUCAUCGGGGUGAAGAAGGGAGGCACCCGGGCUCUGCUGGAGUUUCUCCGGGUUCAUCCGGACAUCAGGGCCGUGGGAGCGGAGCCGCACUUCUUCGACCGCAACUACGAGAACGGGCUGGAGUGGUACAGGGAGCUGAUGCCCAAGACCCUGGAGGGCCAGAUCACCAUGGAGAAGACCCCCAGCUACUUUGUGACCAGAGAAGCUCCCGCCCGGAUCGCCGCCAUGUCCCGGGACACCAAGCUGAUCGUGGUGGUGAGGGACCCGGUCACCAGGGCUAUCUCCGACUACACACAGACUCUGUCCAAGAAGCCCGACAUUCCCUCCUUCGAGAGCCUCACCUUCAAAAACAGGACUACGGGGCUCAUCGACACCUCGUGGAGCGCCGUCCAGAUCGGCAUCUACGCCAAGCACCUGGACAACUGGCUGCAGUACUUCCCCAUGGGCCAGAUCCUGUUCGUGAGCGGCGAGCGGCUGAUCAGCGACCCGGCCGGAGAGCUGGGCCGCGUGCAGGACUUCCUGGGCCUCAAGCGCAUCAUCACGGACAAACACUUUUACUUCAACCAGACCAAGGGCUUCCCGUGCCUCAAGAAGGCCGAGGGCAGCAGCAAGCCCCACUGCCUGGGGAAAACCAAAGGGAGGACCCACCCGAACAUUGACCCCGAGGUGGUGCAGAGGCUCCGGGACUUCUACCGGCCCUUCAACAUGAAGUUCUACCAGAUGACGGGACACAACUUUGGUUGGGAUUGACGUGAAGGUCCCGAGAGACUUUGUUGGAUUUGAUUUUUGUUUUGUUUUUCCUCUGUAAUUCAAUGGCAAGAUGUGGAAAUAUUGCUAUAUAUAUGUAAAAUGUACAGAAAUCUAUUUUAUAAUAAUUUAUUUUUAUUUCGAAGCAAUUAAUUCACUAAGCUGCCUAACCAUAUUUGUACAUAACAUCUGACCCGUGUGUUUUUUUUUUAACAUUCCUCGUUUUGAUUUGGAGUUCUCUCGCUCCUCGUCCUGUGAACUCAGUGGAUUUACUGGUGCUUCAUGACGGAGACCAUCAGCCAUGCUGGGAGAAGAACCUGGGGUGGAACAUGUAAACACACCAGAUUACGGGUACAGAGUGGAGAACACAUAUCAAUUGUGCGUCCUCAUUUAUUAUAUGCAUCACAACUUCAUCCUGUUCGAACCCUGAGUGUGAUUCUUCUACAGGUUGUUUCACUAAGGCUACGUCCACACUACCAGGCUUUCAUUUGAAAAUUAAAACAGAUGAACGUGACUCUAGAGUUUUUAGAGUUGCUAAAAACUCUGCGUUUUAUUCUGAAUGUGUAGAAAUUAGAUGUUUGCAAACAUUGACGCUCACUAACGCUUGAUGAUUGGAUCCUUAGCUCCCAUCACAUGACAGCAUGAGCCUCGGAUGCAUUUAACAAAGCUUCAACCACUUACAUGCGUGCAACCCACUAGUGGUCACGUGAUUACAUUUAAGUAUAAAACAGGAUUUAAAAUUGAUCCCGUUUUAGUUUUUCAAACUCCAUUUUCAAAUGAAAACACAGUAGUGUGGCUGUAGCCCUAAAAAACACACAACUUCCACUUUUCUCAUACCACAAAAUCUUUGUUUGUCUUCGGGCCGAGCUGCAGAUCUGGUGUCCCCCUCCUCUCAGUAACAGGUGGAUCAAUAGUCCUAAUUGAUCCUCAUUGUGUCGCUCAUACUUAGAGGAUCCAGCUGCCCUUUCAUCCCCGGUGCUCCUGCUGCCUGCUCUGAUGAAUGACCCGUCCGUCAAACGUUAAACUCCAUCCCGGGCCCCAUCAGUGCCCAUGUUAACAUUAUGCUAAUUGGGUAAAGGUAACUGGAAGAUCAAUCGAGCCCCCCCCACCCCGCUCUCCGACUCCCUCCAUUAGGAGCAGCGUUGACUCGGAGCCAGACUCCUGCUCUAUCGGUCCAGGGUUCAGAGGUCACAUGAAGUCUCAAUCAAAUCUCCCUGAGCAGCCAUUUGAUUUGUUGUAGAGAGCAGGGCAGCAAAGGAAGGGGGGGUGGGGGGGUGCAGUGGGUAGGUGUAUGUGCCUUGUUUUCUCACGGUGAGAUGGAGAAGGCGCAUCUCUGCCCGAAAUGGAGCUUGAAGAUAGAAAAGAUGAGAAGCUCCAUUCAGACACGGAUCCGCCGCGGCCCCGUCUCAGAUCUCCUCACUCAGGAGAUCACAGGGAGAGGAAAGAGGUUUUUUAGUGAAGCAGGAAUGGCCUCAGGCAGGUGGGGGGGGGGGGGGGGGGAAUCAUUGUCUAACCUCUCCGGUGUCAUCACAAAUCCUCAUGUGCCGCCGUUUUACUUCAUGCCUUACUCGCCGUCUUCAUCCCCCCCCCCCCUCCCUCCACCACUGAUCUCACCUCCCAACUUGUUGCCAAAAAAAACACCUUUGGGUUGAUAUCACGUUUCCAUCCUCCACCCCCCCCCACCAACCCCACCACCGCUUCUUCUGUGUUUUCGUCUUUCUGCCUGAAUUCUUGAUAUGCAAGAGGGACAGUAUAAAAAAAAAUAUAUAAAAGAUAGCGUUCUUUGAAGUGCUGCUCCAUCUCACCGCACGCUAUUCUGAGAGGAUCGAGCUCUACGCCGCUCUAUGCACGCUCCAUGUGGCGGCCUUGAUGAAAAUGCAGGGAACACCGGGGGGAAGGGAUUUUUUAUUUAGGCGCCAUGAGCUCGAGACUGAAUGUACACAAGCCCCGUCCUCACGCAGGAGACUCUCUCACACGUCGGAUUGUCACUCAGCUUUAGUUGCGUUUUUGGGAUUGUGCGUCUUUUCCUUUUGAGGUUAAAGGAAAUGUUGUGCCUCUUUAACUCCGCCCCCCCCGCCUCCCACCCUGAAGCAUCCCAGUCAGCCUGCUCCUGUCAUUACACCUUCAUGGUGAAACCAGUUGGUUGAGCCUCAGACCAGUGGCAGCAGGGGAGAUGGAGGCUCGUGACACUGUAAUUUUUCUUUCUCUCUACCUGUGCAACCGUUCUUAAGAAUUUGAAGCCUUCACCCCCCCCCCCCUUAUCCCUCCUCAUUAGUGCAAUGUCUGAUUAAAAAAAAAAAAAAAGCAUUUACGCUGUUGCAUUGUAGAAGGAAAGUAACCGAUGGAGCUCUGCAUUUGAAUUUGGGUCAGGUACACGUGACUGGGAGUACAGUACAGAACCUGCAUCUGUUACGGUUGAGUUUUAUUCAACCUGUUCUGAGAUCAGAGGCGUUUGCAAUGUUCGUCCCACCCACAAUAUAAUAUGUAUCUAGUCUAGCAGAUCUGUGUGUACAGAGAAAGACAUGUAAAUCAAGUAUUUUGUGGUAUGUACAACAAAAGGAAUUAAUUUUACACAAUGCAAACGCAGAAUGGAACAGAUGUUUCUAGAUGAUUAAAUACUGAACAUUCAUAAUAUUUCUUUGUAUGGAAGAAAUAAAUAAAAAAGUAUAUAUUUUACCAAAAAAA